AUGAAGGAAUCUGAGACAAUUAAGGAAUACUCAGAAAAACUUAUUAGUGUGGCCAAUAAGGAACAAAGAAAAAUGAUGAAGAAUGAGGCAACUGUUGAAGGAGCGUUGCAAGCAAGGCAACAUUUCAAUUCUAGAGGCGAAGGCAAGAAGCAAAAUUUCAAGAAGGGCUAUGCUGCAGAAGUCAAAAAAAGAGGCAAUGCAGAAGUCAAAAAAAGGGGCUGCCGCAAACUUUUUUUGACAUUGGUUGUUGAAAACGUAAAGUAUCAUAAACUCGGCUACGCUGAGAUUAUUUGCAAGGAGAAAGGACCACAACAAUUAAAUGAAGCACAAAUUGUUGACCAACAAGAAGAAGAGGAAUUGUUUGUGGCUACCUGUUUUGCAAGUAAAAGUCCAAGCGAAAGUUGGUUAAUUGAUAGCGGUUGUACAAAUCACAUGACUCAUGAUGAGGAGAUUUUUAGAGAGUUAGACAGACAUGUAGUCUCUAAAGUCAAAAUCGGUAAUGGUGAUUAUCUCCCUGCAAAAGGAAAAGGCACAAUUGCUAUUGAAAGCUACUCAGGUACAAAGUUAAUUUCAAAUGUACUUUUUGUUCUUGAUAGAAAUUUGUUGAGCAUGGGGCAAAUUUUGGAGAAUGGUUUUAAGCUUAAUUUUGGGGACAACAAGUGUGUCAUAUUUGAUCCAAAGGGUCAAGAAAUUUGUCAAGUUAAAAUGAGAGGAAUUUUUUUUUCUUUUGAUCCAACAGAGGGAAAGUGUGCUGCCUAUCCGAGCCAAGAAGUGACAACAGAUGUUAAGAGGGACAAGUUAGACAAGAAAGCUGAAUCUGGAGGCUUUAUUGGUUACAGUAAAUCUCUAAAGCUUACCGAAUUUUUCAGCCUCAUACUAGAAAAAUUAUGGUAA